AAUGCCAGCUACGGUUUAUGUAGCCACAGAGGUUGUGCGUUUCUUUUUACACCUUUCAUGUUGAUUUUUUGUUUUACAAGUUGUUUCAGUUUACUUUAUAUUUCGCGUAAUCAUUUAUUUGCAUAGUUUUUUUUAAAGCCCACUCUUCACCUUGUCCCCCCCGCCAUGCCAGAGGAUGAGUAUUUGACGCCAAGUUUGAUGUCAAACCAAAUACACAGUGAUGUUGGGUUUGUGCCUCCAGACGGACUCUGCUGCGUGUCGGUCCUGUCUUGUUUGCUGCUGGCAUGCUCGUAUGUCGGAAGUUUGUAUGUGUGGAGAAGCGACCUGCCAAGGGACCACCCGGCGGUCAUCAAAAGACGCUUUACCAGUGUUCUCAUUGUGUCAACCCUUUCCCCUGUGUUCGUGUGGACAUGGAAAGAGCUCACGGGCGUGAGGCCUGGGCCGUCUCUGUUGGCGCUGAUGGGCAUUCGCCUAGAGGGCUUGGUGCCAGCCAUAAUACUGCCCCUCUUGCUCACCAUGGUGCUUUUUCUGGGGCCUCUAAUCCAGCUGGCCAUGGAUUGUCCCUGGGGCUUUAUUGAUGGCAUUCGAGUGAUUGUAGACCCUCGUUUCUGGUCGCUGUGUUUGAGUGACAUGCGCUGGCUGCGUAACCAGGUGGUGGCGCCUCUGACCGAGGAGCUGGUGUUCCGCGCCUGCAUGCUGCCCAUGCUGGUGCCCUGUGCUGGCCCUAGCACUGCCAUCCUCACCUGCCCACUCUUUUUUGGUGUAGCUCAUUUCCAUCAUGUGAUUGAGCUGCUGCGAUUCCGGCAGGGCACCGUGUCUGGGAUUUUCCUCUCUGCAGUUUUUCAGUUCUCAUACACAGCAGUGUUUGGAGCUUAUUGCGCCUUCAUUUUCCUCAGAACUGGUCACCUGGUGGGUCCGGUGCUGUGCCACUCCUUCUGUAACUACAUGGGUUUCCCGGCGGUGAGUGCGGCGCUGGAGCACCCCCAGCGGCUCACGGUGCUCUCGUCCUACCUGCUGGGCGUGCUGCUCUUCUUCCUGCUGCUCUUCCCCAUCACGGAGCCGCUCUACUACGGCGCCCCCACACCCCCCUGCACCCUGGCCCCCUCACUCGGAUCCAUAUGCUCCUGAGGGUAGAUUUUGGUGGGGGUGGUGGAUGUCGGACAUGCGGGUGGUGAGGGGAGGAUUGGGUUGGGGUCAUCUCCAUGCCCACACACCACUCCCGUCGGUUUCCAGCCGGCCGGCCUGUCCAUCUGCCUCCCCCCCUCAGCCUCUGGUAGGCCAGACCUGGACAGAGGAAGCUGCAUACGUUUUUUUUUUUUUUUAAUUAUUAUUAUUAUUUUUAUUUAAAUACACACAAAACAAGGCUGCCUCUGUGGCCUUUUAUUCCACUUCUGUCUGUUAGUCACAGGUGUUUGUUAGCCGUUACGUGAAACCACAGGUGAACAGGAGGAGGUGUAGGAGAGUAUUGCAUAACAUCAUCCAACAAACAAACCAACAAACUGUUUUACUGUAGGCUGAGAAGAGGAGUGUUGAUAAACAUCACCACACUUGUGACAUGCGUUUGAAAGUCAGCUAGUCUCUUGGGGAGAGGGAGAGGGUUUGCGGUUGGGUCUGUAUUGUCAGUACCUCACGUCUGAGGGCUCUUGGGGUUUAUAGUCCUUUUGAUUUGUGCAGAAUUCCUCAGAUGGCCCCCAUCUGGCCAUAAAGCCCACAGAAAUGAGUUGUUCAUGGCACGGAGCUGCAGGCUUUCCGGAGGUCGGACAACUUUAUGACUAUUUUUGCAUGAACGAGGAAGGAUGUUGGCGUUUUUGGCUCAAAAUCGGGGCUGUCCAAAGCACUUAUUUCUGUCCUUUUUUCCAUCAACUCUUUAGCAGAAGUGAACUAUUUAAGUGUGUUAAAAACUAUGAACUGGCUCAGGCUUUUCUCUGGACUGCUCUAGUCAAUAAGCUUUAUCUAUAACCACACCUGCUGCUGGUGUCAUGUCUCUUAAUCUCAUGGUCAAGUUCACUGCGUCUCUCGCCGUGUGUUUCUCGUAAGUGAAGCGCACUCUGAGCCUGGCAUUGCGACCGUCAGGGACCAUACUGGGCAGUUUUAUUAGAGGGGAGACAUGACCGUUACGGAGCUUCUAAACCUCUCUUUGUGGUGUCUUGUUAGCCGCUUGCUCCCUACCCAUUUCCCCCCCAGACAUUGGUGGAAUCUCAUAGCAAAUUGGAAACUCUUGCUCUGUAGCUGCAGUGGAAUGGUCAUGAAGGGCAUCUGGGGCCCAUCCUCAUGUCCAGCUGUGAGGCCUCCCCAGAGCAUGGGCACCAUGGCAGCAGCACAACAGCAGUAUUGUUUAGCAAUGUUCCCCCCCAGUGGAAGGAGCCAUUUAUUCCUUUUGUUUUCCAUGGGUGCUACUGCAUGUUUGUCUUGUUUUAAUACUCCUGCUCUUCGGAGAAACUUAAAGGGAGGACAUACCUUAAGCCCAGGGCACAAAGGGUCAGGGAUUGGGUUUCUCAGGCCGUGGCUCAGCCUCAGGAGGUGAAAAAUGACCCUUGCCACUACAUUGCAUGCUGCUAUAUGUCGACACAUGGAUGUUCAAGGCUCACGUGUAACACACCAAAAAGGAAUUUACAAUACAUGUAUACCCACAUACAGACCUACAUCUUCCCACCAAAGCUUUGGCUUGGCAGGUAUUGCUUCUUACUUGCUGAACUCAAACAUGUGCCAUUGGUUUUAGUUAUUUAUUAUUUAUGCAGGCAGGCAGGUAGGUUUGUCCCUUGAAGUUAGCGGCGUCCUCUCUGUGAAGCUGUGUGUGUGUGUGUGUGUGUGUGUGUGUGUGUGUGUGGCUCGGCGGAGAGGUCCCCAGCUUGCUUCACAAAAAAAACAAGCUCUUCUAAGCUCAGCUCUUAACACACUGUCACCUUGAAUGUAAGCCUAACGGUCUGUGUCAAAAACAGCUGUCUGUCGCAAAGAUGAGAGCUCUCUGCCCUUCCUGUGGCCUCGGGUCUUGCUUUAGCCGCUCGUUGAGUAACUUGAGCUUGUGUAAGCUGUCAAUGUAAGGCAAUUGGGUCUAUUUUGUCACACGUUCAGAGGAAACAAAAGCAAGCAUGCUCUCAGAUUGAGGUUUUAAUUUAAACGUUCCACUUCCAGUGUCGCUGAAAGGAGUGGAACAAAAACGGAAUCAAAACUUGACUGGAUUUGAUGCAGUGGAUGGACACGUAGUCUCUCACUUCCUGUUAGUUCAAACGCAAGCGACGUCAGAGCACAUUUGUGGUUUUGGUGAGGCGAGAAAGGCAACCUGUGGAGUCACCCAGAGACCCAGAGCAAUAACUUUUACAGACAAAAAAAAGGACCAAAAUCAGGGAUUCUAAAAUGGGUGCCGUUGUGACUUGGGGUGUUUGCUGAAAGCCAUUGAAAGAUUUUGUUGGGAUGGUGGCUGGUGCAUGGCUGUUGUUUUUGUCCUCACAAACUGAUUUCUUGCUAAGUAUAACUUCUAUUUCUAUUUCUAGUUAUAAUUCAAGUAGUUCAAAUCAAAUGCAAAAGCUUUGACUCUACUCAGUUCCAUGUUAAACAAUCAGGGAAUGCAUGGCAGUGUACUCACAGGAAAAACAUCUUUGUCCAGUCACAUUUUGAUCCUCCACGGACAAAAGUGCUAUUUCAUAGGGCUUGACCCCAAUUGGUGGUAGAGUGCAUAGUGGGUCAGCGUUGAGUCACUUCAUAGCUCUUAUCCGACUUUUUACCCACAAUUGCAUGAAGGCUUUUCACCUUCCUACAAAUCUCUUUCCCAGAAGGGCCACCAUUACGCAACCCCUAAGCUUGCAACCUUACUGAAGCAUAAGGAAACCUGCAAGUUUAACAAAUCCUUUGGUGUAUAUAUACACAAUGAUAAUCCAUCAAUGCUGGCUAAGCAUCUUUACCCUGAGAACUUAAGACGUGUGUAAGUUGUACUAAAAGUACUGUACUUCAAAUGCUUGCAUCAUUUGAGGUUACCAUAAAUAGUCAAUAGUAUGUGACCUGGAAAGCUGAAAUGUUUUCUUUUGACUCCUUAUAAACACUGAUGUUAUUGUGACUAAGGCACACUGAUCUUUAUAGCAACAGGGUUAAGACAUACAAGUUCACAGCAGUACAGAGACAGUUUACCUCCUGUAACUGUGGUAUGUUUACACUAGAUGGCGCCAUAGUACCAUCUCGCCGUCGCUUGUAUUUUUUGUAUAUGUGUCCCAGUCAGGACCUUCUGGUUCUGUUUUUGUUUCGGUAGAGUAACUAAGAUGUUGUGAUGAAAUCUGUGGGUUUUGGAAAUCGAUUUACUCCAGGCAGUCAUGAUAACACAAUUGGAAACGCUAGGAGUGUGUGACCAUUGCAUAGACACACUGACCCCAUGAGAAAAGGCCGACCUUGUCUGAAGGACCUGUCCAAAAAUCAGACAAAUGUGGGCGAAUCAUCAUUGAAGCUGUGACUGGUUCAAGUUGGGAGUAUGGAAGAGAGACGACUUGUCAAGGUGAUACAAAUAGAACCAUUGGCAUUAAAAGUUACUGUCAGCUCACAACAUCCACCUGACUUUUCCAUCUGUUAAUUAACAUGGGCAUCCAUUGUUUUUAACAUUGAUUUUCAUUAACAUUGAUUUUCCCUCGACGUAGACAUGAAGUAAAUGUCAGUGUGCUGUCAGAUGGAGCUUUUAGAUGGUGUCCCACCAGCCUGGUGUUUUGAUUGACCGCUUAUCACUUGACUACUGCCCCUGCUCUGCACUUUUGUCCCAAACUUGAACGAUGGAGAUUCAGACCACGUCCCAAGGCACAGACGAGAAACUUCAUGACACCUUUUCAUGACACCUUUUUUUGUUACUUGGGCUAAUUUGGUCUCUGAAUAUAAUGGGUGUUUCUGUCAUUUCUUUCCACGUUGUCUUUCUUUCACUCUUGAAAAGGAACUGUUGCAUUUAAGCCAAACAAUUUGUGUGUGCUCGAUAUCAGAUGCAUCCAGUACCUGUUUAGACGCAUCUAGAGCAAUAGUGACAUGUAGAAUAUAUUUUUCUCUGACAAAAGGUAGCUAUGUGCUAUUUUAGUACACAAAACCACAACUGAAGAGCGGUGUGAUAUUUAAAUUUAGGAUAUCCUCAAUACAGAUGUUUAUUGGCCAGGCUUGGUGUCUAAUUUAUGAAUCUUUAGAUGUUUAUACUAAGGACUAUAUUUUAUAAUAAAUCUAUUUUGGAGGAGUGGAUGUACUAAAUAUGUGUGCAUGUUCAUUGUUUAUGUUUAAACUGCUGCCACAUUUGAGUGCAACUUUUUUGCUUUAAGAACAUACCAACGGACAGACAUGUUUUAUGACGAUCUGUUUUUUGGUGGGUGGGGGAAAUAGACUUUCAAACCACAACACAGAACUCUGCAAUUUGUAAAUAAAGGAGCAAAUUUUAUUAACUA